AUCAGUACAUGAAUUAAUAAUCCAAAGUUAUUACCAGAAUCAGGGCAUCAGGCGUUGACUUACUAAGAAGAAAGAGAGAGAAAGAUGAAGCGGUGUGAUCGAAUUGGGGUGAUUUUUGUCGUGAUGCUCUUUUUGGGUGACAAUGGCGGAUUCAAAGCAGCCAUGGCCAGCAAUUCAGCUUCUGCCUUCGUCAACAAUGUCAUUUACUCCAAUCGAAUCGCCGUUUUCUCCAAAUCAUACUGCCCAUACUCUUUACGUGCCAAGCGUAUAUUUAAUGAACUGCAGGAAAAGCCAUUUGUUGUGGAGCUUGACCUCCGAGAUGAUGGUUCUCAUAUUCAGGAUAUCCUGCUUGAACUGGUUGGUCAACGUACAGUUCCACAAGUUUUUGUCAAUGGCAAGCAUAUUGGAGGAUCAGAUGAUCUUCAGAGUGCUGUCUUGAGCGGGCAGUUGCAGAAGUAUCUCUCAAGUAGUUGAUCAUGAAUUCAUGAUCACUCUACAAUGAUGUUUUUGAAGAAAAACAUCCCCAAUUGGUUGUCAAAACUACAGUGUUCGAGAUAUGAGGACAGUUCAUGGGUUUUUUUUUACCUGAUGUACUCAUGAAGUCAUGAGAUUAUGAUAGAUUUGAUAGGGUUUGUAAUCAGUUUCACACCAUGUCUUGUUAAAGUACUUUUUGUUCUAUUUUAUCCUUAAAUCAGAAUAGGAAAAGGAAAAGGAAAAAAAAUAAAAAAUAAAAUUUUGUAUUCUUUUUUUAAUUGUAAUUUGUAUUUAAGGCUCUAUUUGUUUUGGUGGAUUGAAAGUAAUUUUUCUGCAUUUCUUCGUUUUCCUUUGUUGUUAUGUUAGAGGGUAGAAAACAAUUUUCUCUUAGGUGAAAAGUUACUUUUUAGAUGAGGUCAACAUUUUCCU